AUGGUGUCUAAAAUACGAUUGGCACUAUGGAUACUCAUAAACGUUACGUUUUUUAUCUUGGUAUCAUCAAAUCUCAACACAGUUUCGCACUAUACAGAUUUUGUUUACAAGAAUUGUCGAAACGAAACUCAAAUUCCCUAUAACUUGGUAUCAUCCCUCCUCCAAGAACUUGUUGAAAAAUCCACAAAAUCCAAGUUCUACCAAACAAGCACUGGGGAUGACACAUUCGCGGUAUCUGGUAUGUUUCAGUGUCAUUGGGACCUCACCAAUGACAAUUGCCAUGAUUGCAUAGUGACCAGCAUUACAAAUUUAGCAUGUCCAUCUAGUCUUAUAGCUAGAAUUCAACUAAAAGGUUGUUAUAUUAGUUUAGAGCUUGAGCCUGAGCUUGAGCUGGAACCUGAAAGGAUGCAUAAAAGGGUUAUGAUUGGUCUACAAAAAGAUUUUUUGCAACACAAGAAAUGUGGUGAAAGAAGAUCGUGGUUUGAAGGGUUGCAGGGAGUUAGGGACGUGGCGUUUGAGAUAGUUGCUAAAUGUGUUAUGAGUAGUGGAAUUGGGUAUUGUGACACAACACAUGAAGGGAUGUCUGUGAUGGGGCAAUGUGGAGGGAGUUUGGAAGAGUGUGAGUGUGGAGAAUGCAUAAGUAAUGCAUUUCAAGUAGCUCAAGAUGAAUGUUGGGGAUCUGAUUCAGGGGAGGUUUAUUUGGAGAACUGCUUUGUUACUUUUAGCGACAACCAACCUAACCAAGAAAAUGGCGUUGGGGCAAGUUCCGCAAAGGUUGCAGCAAUUGUGGUUGGGAUAGGCGUUGCUUUAGUACUAUUGUCUGCUCUUUGCUUCUGCAUCAGAUCAUCAAAAAGAAAACAAGAUGGUUAG